AUUUAAAUAAUAAUAUUUGUAUCAGGCCUAUCAACCUUAUACCGCACUGGAGAGUAGAAAUCGACAUUCAGUGCGGAUACAAGGCCCAUAGGCCUUAUGGGAAGUACAACGCCUAACUGCCUAAUACCGCACUGAUUGAAGAGUUAAAAUUAAUUAGUGUUGUGUUGACAGCUUUUACAAAUGCAUGUGCGUACAAUUCAUAAAAAAUGCAUCGAGUCAAUAAACGUUGUCGAAAAAUGCUCGAGCUGUCUUUUCAAAAUGCUCAAGAAGUGGUGGACCAAAAUAACAGUGCCAGCUUACAAGAAAAAAAACAAAUUCAAAUCCUUCAGGAUGUUAUUGUUAAGCCAGCUUCUACAAGCAGUGAAACUACAACUUUUCAAGAACCUCGCUGCAGUUCAUCUAUUGCUUUUCAAGAACCUAGCUUCAGUUCAACUUUACACGAUACCUCAAUGCGGGUAAGUCCUCAAGUUAGAAAGACUUAUUUAGACUUUACGCCUAAAAGAAAGAAAAUACAAAAAUCAGAAAACGAUGUUUAUGUUAGUCCUAGUACUGGCAAUACUCUUCAUGUACUGGAAAACGCUGAAUACCGACUUGCAACUCCUAUCCGCAAAUAUUAUAAUUUACGGAAAGAAACCCCAGUAACUCCGAACGUAUCAAAUCUUACAAGCAGGACUAGUUCUAUUAGUGACAUUUCAUGUGCAAAAUCCUUAUUAUGCCCACUAUCCAACGAGGAUAUCUGUGCAAUAUAUGACACCCAAACGCAGAAUAAUCAAAGUUCAUUGACAAAUUUGAAUAUUUCUACAAUUUAUGGUAAAGAUUUAAAUCCAGAUGCAUCUAAUAACAAUUAUACUCCCAACCCUUCCGAGAAAAUCUGUGCAAUAUAUGACACUCAAACGCAAAAUGAACAAAGUUCAUUAACAUAUUUGAAUAUUCCUGCAAAUUCUGCUAAAGAUUUUGAACCCGAUUCAUCUGAUGAUAAUUAUGCUCCCAACUCGUCUGACCUAGAAACUGAUUCUUCUUACUCCGACGAUAGUGAUGGUGAUGAUAGCGUGAUAACUUACUAUGAAAACAGUUCUGAAAUCGAAUUAGUUCAAAUACUUGAAAAUACUCAAUGUACAGAAAACAAUAAUUUUGACGAGUGGGAAGACAUUAACGAUACAAAACCUGAUUUCGAUGAAUUCACAGAUAAUUGUAGACCAAACAUUCCGGAUAAUACUAUAACGCCAGCAGAUUUUUACAGUCUAUUUGUAACGGAUGAAAUUAUUGAGCAAAUGGUAAUAAACACAAACAAUUACGCACAAGAUCUUAUUAGUAAUCUAAGUAAUCUUAAGCGUAAAUCACGCUUGCGAGCCUGGACUCCCACAACUCCAGAGGAGAUGAAAAAAUUUUUAGGAGUGCUACUGGCGAUGGGUCUUGUAAGAAUACCACGUUUAAAUGAUUACUGGUCGAAAAGAAACAUCUACAAUAAUAAAUACAUUAGUUCAGUUAUGACAAGAGAUCGAUUUCUGCUAAUUUUGAAAUUUUGGCAUUUUAGUCAAGAGUCACCUAACGACACAGACAAAUUGAAAAAGAUAAGGGAUACUUUUAAUAAGAUUUUAGAAAAAAUGCAAACCCUUUUGGAGCCAGGUCGGUAUCUUAUCAUAGAUGAAAGUAUGAUUCCGUGGCGAGGGAGGUUGAAAUUUCGCCAAUACAUUAAAAACAAGUCCCACAAAUAUGGAGUGAAACUAUAUAAGCUCUGCACUCCAGAAGGAUACACAAGAAACUGUAUUAUAUAUACAGGUAAAGGAGAUAAUGGUCGAGAAACUAAUCAUGGAAAGGAAACAGUAUUAAGAUUAAUAAAAGGAUUAGAAAAUAAUGGAAGAAUAAUAAUAACAGAUAAUUUCUACAAUUCCAUUGAUCUUGCGGAAGAACUUAUACGUAAAAAGACCUUCAUGUGUGGUACCCUGAGACCAAAUCGGAAAGGAAAUCCUAAGAAAAUAAUAUCCAUAAAAUUGAAACGAGGUCAAAUAGUAGGAAAAAUGAACCCAAAUGGGGUAAGAGUUAUAAAGUGGACAGAUAAGAGACCGGUUCAUAUGAUUUCUACGUGCCGAAAUCACAAUUUGACUCUUAAAUCUACAGGUAAGACGAACCGAAUCACUGGAAACAUAAUUAAAAAACCACAAUGCGUCAUAACAUACAAUGAGAAUAAAAAAGGCAUCGAUUUUAACGACCAAAUGUCUUCAUAUUAUUCUAGCUUGAAAAGAGGCGUGAAAUGGUUCAGAAAAGUAAUGAUGGAGAUAUUAUUUGGAACAGUCAUAAUAAACAGCUGGGUAUUAUACAAUCACGGAAAACCAGUUCAAAUGCCAAAGAAGAAUUUUAUGGAAGCAAUUAUUGAAGCUUUGACUCAGGUGCCGAUAUUAACAGAAACAGCUAAUGAAUGUGCUGCUAUGCCAAAGACGAAUCAUACCUUCGAAAACAAAGGGAUAAAAAGAAGAAACUGUGCGGGUUGUUACAAUAAGCUUCGUGCAACGUUAAAUAGCAAAGAUGCUCAAAGAAAAACCAAAAAAAUUAAAUCGUAUUGCGCUGAGUGCAACAAGGGAUAUUGCGCUAAAUGUUUUUACGAAAAUCAUCUAUAACAGAUAACAGUUAAUAAUAAAAUAAAGUUGAUCUCGA